AUGUCCGUCGACAAAAAAGAUCCGUCCAAGGAGGAUAGCGAAGAAUCAAUGGGGUCAAGCCCAGAGGGAGAGGCCCCCGCUGCGCCUCCGCAGCAACAGGCUGAAAAUCAACAACCGAAACGAAAAGGGGGUCGCAAGCCGAUCUACGCGACGUCUGAGGAGAGGAAGCAAAGAAACCGCCAAGCACAAGCGGCCUUUCGUGAGCGCCGGACCGAGUACAUCAAACAACUCGAGGAGGCGAUCCGAACCCAUGAGCAAAACCUAGCCAACCUCCAAGCUGCUCACCGGCAUGCCGCCGAUGAGUGUCUCAUGCUGCGUUACAAGAACUCGUUGUUAGAACGCGUCCUCUUGGAGAAAGGCAUCGAUGUACAGGCUGAGCUUCGUGCAAAAACUGGCAGCCCAAAUCUUGGCCCGACUCAUGUACCCCAAAACCUGGUGCAGCCACCGCCGAUUCAGCGGGCCAUUCUAAACAGACAUCACGCUCGGCGAUCGACUUCGGGUAUUGCGCCGAAACUCGAGCCUGGGAUUCCCGUCUCUCCGCUACCACCACCGAUGCACUCCCACCAGUCGGCCAUGUCCCCCAAGAACCAACAUACCCCGUCGUCUCAUUCGGCCUCCCCGACCGGAACGGCGGCUUUCGGUUCCCAGCAUGCCGCGUCUCCCGCUGCAUCUGAGCACUUGAACGGUCAAGGUCGGCCGUCGAUGCCACCUGUGGCGGGGAUGAAAGCAACACCGCCUCACUUGGCACCUCUUCAUGGCCUACCAGGGCAUCGACAGGUGCAAAUCCCCGGUCUCCCGCCGGGGACUAAUCACGUCCGGGGUGUCAGUGUCACCGGGACGGCGGCUCCGUUCUACCCGACGCCUUCAUUUCAAAACCACAUUGAGCAGCUCGGCAAGUUGUCUCAACAGGAAUACGAUGCUGCUGCCGACAUGAUGGACGACGGUGGCGAGGCCCCGGAUACACCAAGCGGGCCUGGCCCUUAUCCCGGUCCAUCUUAUGCCGGCGAGCCACAACCAAUGUCCCUCUCGUCCCCAGUUACGACCGGACCGCCUGGAAGUCAGCCCAUCGCCGGACAGUCACCGAUUGAAAAUGCCACUCAUACGCAACAUCCAACUUACCCCUCGAUGACACAACUACUGGAUCCGGGUUACGACUUCGACCCCUUUGGGCUAAGCGCGAGCAUGGCCUUUCCCACACAAUUCUCGUUCGAUACCAGCAACAUGCGGUAA